GACAGGCGGGAGUGGAAAAAAAUACGGUUGUGCGCAUUCUGCCUGUUGCCGCAGAGUAAUACGGUAAACAGCCGAUUACGGUACUCGCCGGGGCUACUGCCUGUGUGACGUCAGCAAGAUCUAGCUGCAAAGUUGCUUGCCAUUCUUUGCUGAUGUCGGGGAGCUGAAUAUUUAAAGGGUAAAUGUGGAGUUAUUGCUUGGCUAUUUUUUUCUAUUUUCACUCUUUAUUUUAAAUUCUGCAGGUAAAGCGAUAGUGAGCUGGGAGCUUAAAGACCUCUGUGGUGGAGGGGUGAGUCAGCGGGUGCAGAAGAACUAAGAAUUGGUUCCUUGGUGAGACGGUCGCCUCUUCCCCCAGAGAGGCAGGGCUGCUCGUGGGACCGAACCCCCGGUCCGCACCCCGUUCCAGGAGAACGAGAGCAAACAACGACCCGCAGUCGCCUCGCUCUUGGCCAACAUCUCAAAUCCACUUCCCCCGGCCUGCGCGCGGAGAAGCUGCAUCUGUAGCCCGAGUCCACCGCGGUCCAGUCACCCUGUGGGUAACUGCGGGCCGGCAGAAGCGCCCAGAUGCUGGCGAUCCCCGCCUUUGAGAGUCGACGGCAAACCCGUUCUUGAUUGUGGUUUGCGGGGAGACUGGCGCUGGACUAUUGAAUUCUAAAUAACGUGCAAAAUGCUGAAUCUUCUAACCAGGACGGAUCAGACAGCACGCAAAAGCGGGCUCCUGUAAUUCGGCGACUGCACUUUGCAACGUGCCUCCUCGAGCUUCGCGCCAAGCCUCGGGUAGGAAGGGAGCUGGGGCCGGAGGCCAGCGCUCCGGGAGGACAGGGUCCGCGGGUAGCCCCGCGCGCCCCCGGCCAUGUCACCUUUAACGUCCUGCCCCUUUGCGUGGCCUUCUGAGGGUUUGCGCGGCAGGCCGGGGUUGCUUCUCACCCGCGCGCUCUCUCUCACCCCCAGCUAACCCCAGCGGGCAGGGCUCCCCUGAGCCGAGACCUUUUGACUCUGCUCCCCCGCUUCCGCCUCCGCCCUCGCCCGGGGGUGGCUCUUGAGAGCCGGACCUCGCCGGCCCCGGCUGGGACCAUGGUGUUUCUCUCUGGAAAUGCCUCCGACAGUUCCAACUGCACCCACCCGUCGGCACCGGUGAACAUAUCCAAGGCCAUUCUGCUUGGAGUGAUCUUGGGGGGCCUCAUCAUUUUCGGUGUGCUGGGCAACAUCCUCGUCAUCCUCUCCGUGGCCUGCCACCGGCAUCUGCACUCGGUCACUCACUACUACAUCGUCAACCUGGCGGUGGCCGACCUCCUGCUCACCUCCACCGUGCUGCCCUUCUCAGCUAUCUUCGAGAUCCUGGGCUACUGGGCCUUUGGCAGGGUUUUCUGCAAUAUCUGGGCUGCGGUGGACGUCCUGUGCUGCACCGCGUCCAUCAUGGGACUCUGCAUCAUCUCCAUCGACCGCUACAUAGGUGUGAGCUACCCGCUGCGCUACCCCACCAUCGUCACCCAGAAGAGGGGUCUGAUGGCUCUGCUCUGUGUCUGGGCGCUCUCCCUCGUCAUCUCCAUCGGGCCGCUCUUCGGCUGGAGGCAGCCUGCCCCGGAGGACGAGACCAUCUGCCAGAUCACCGAGGAGCCCGGCUACGUGCUCUUCUCCGCGCUGGGCUCUUUCUACGUGCCUCUGACCAUCAUCCUGGUCAUGUAUUGUCGGGUGUACGUGGUGGCCAAGAGGGAAAGCAGGGGCCUCAAGUCUGGCCUCAAGACCGACAAGUCGGACUCAGAGCAGGUGACGCUCCGCAUCCAUCGGAAAAAUGUCCCAGUAGGAGGCACCGGGGUGUCCAGCGCCAAGAGCAAGACGCACUUCUCAGUGAGGCUCCUCAAGUUUUCCCGGGAGAAGAAAGCGGCCAAAACACUGGGCAUCGUGGUGGGCUGCUUCGUCCUCUGCUGGCUGCCUUUUUUCCUAGUGAUGCCCAUUGGGUCUUUCUUCCCUGAUUUCAAGCCCUCGGAAACCGUUUUUAAAAUAGCAUUUUGGCUCGGAUACCUAAACAGCUGCAUCAACCCCAUUAUAUACCCGUGCUCCAGUCAGGAGUUUAAAAAGGCCUUCCAGAAUGUCUUGAGAAUCCAAUGUCUCCGCCGAAAGCAGUCUUCAAAACACAACCUGGGCUAUACACUGCACCCACCCAGCCACGCCCUCGAGGGGCAACACAAGGACCUGGUUCGCAUCCCAGUGGGAUCUGGAGAGACCUUCUAUAAGAUCUCCAAGACGGAUGGGGUCUGUGAAUGGAAAUUUUUCUCUUCGAUGCCCCGUGAAUCUGCCAGGAUUACAGUGUCCAAAGACCAGUCAGCCUGCACCACAGCCCGGGUGAGAAGUAAAAGCUUUCUGCAGGUGUGCUGCUGUGCAGGGCCCUCCACCCACAGCGGUGGAGAGACCCACCAAGUUCCAACCAUUAAGAUCCACACCAUCUCCCUCAGUGAAAAUGGGGAGGAAGUCUAGAGGACAGGAAAGGUCAGAAAAGAGGAAGGGGUUGCGGGGGGAGGGGAUGAUCUCAGGCACACACCCCACUUCCUACUUGGAAGUCCAGUUCACUCUUCUUGGAUGAGGAAACAGGACCAGGAAACGGGGAACCAGCUGGGAAUGGGGUGGGGGAAGAGACCGGACUCUGAGGCAGGGGAUAGGGCUCAGGGAAGGAGGAGGAUGUCACACGACCAUCCAGCUUUAAAUGACGAUAAGCAGCAUUUCCUUGAGGCUAGUGCUCUCGCGGUCAUCCUCCGAGGCCGCUUUCCACGUCUGGCCCUCGCAACGAGAAACACCAUGGGAAACAGAAUGUCAUACACAAUCCAAAAGACUAUAAAUAUAAGGUUAUGAUUUCAUCAUGAAUAUUUUGAGCACACACUCUAAGUUUGGAGCUAUUUCUUGAUGGAGUGAGGGGAUUUUAUUUUCAGGCUAAACUUAAUGACAGCCAUGGUGGAUAUUUAUGAGGAGAGGGCCUGGAGAGGAAGAGCCUUAAGACGGUGGCCACUAUCCAGGCACGUUAUUUUUAGAGCACGUUUUAAACUCCACCAUUUCUGACCAUAUCCAGUUUCUUCACUUGGGUGCAACUCGACAGUGAGAUCUACCUUUGGCUGCAAUUUCACUGGCUCCUGCUCCCGAGUCCCUAAAGAGGAGGGUGAAGGGUGCUCGUGAAGCUUCGGGACUAGCGGAGGCACAUUGGUUAUGCUUAGGUCUAGACGGUUGGGGCAAAAGAUGGCUUUUCCUGAUGGGAGAUGCUAGAGGUGAAGGUCCGUGUUUUCAACUUUACUUCUACAGAAAAAAAAAAAGAAAAAAAAAUUUUUUGUAAGCGGCUCCAAGAUCAAAUCGAGGAAGGCUUCUUGUGAAACAUAUUUAAAGAUCAAGGGUAUGGGGCGGGUGUUAAUUUCAUGCUAAGAGGCUGCAGACUUCGGGCACAGCCGCUUCGAUGUGGCCUACAAAGGCUUUUCUUGGCAAAUCGCUUACCUUUUCUAGAACACCGUUAUGAAAAUCCAGAGCUUAUCAUGUUUUGGAAGGCGCAUCUAGACUUCCGUUUUUCCUCCACGGCUUCGCUACUGCAUGAGGAGUGAGGUUCAAGGUCCCGAAUGCACAGGUAGCCCAUGGCGGAACGAGCCUUAGGAUCCGGGUGUAUCCUUCCUGAACUCGGAAAGAUACACCAGCUUAGCUUGGGAGGAUACUGACUGGUCACCAGAAAACCAUCUAAAGCCGGAAUUUGCGAAUAGUUUUCGACAGAAACCAUGUAUUCUGGUGAAAGAUCCAGGAGCCCGUUCACUUCAUCUGUUCCCACUUUCUGUGGGAACUUGGGGAACGUGCUACUUUUGCUUUCUGUAUACCAAAUUCUGGUCAACCUUAAAAUAUAACUCCGUAUAUGACUAAAGAGAGGAGGAUUAUCUGUAAAAAAUUAAAAUAUUUUUCAUAUUCUGCAAUAAGAAUUUAAAAUAAGAUUUAUGGUUUGGGCAUAAUUCCUGGCCAGAAUCACUGGUCUAAACCUACUGACUGACCAUUUCUCUAGCCUCUUCCCCCUGUUUGAGUAAUUUCCUGUAAGAAUUUCAAAGUAGAUCGCAGCCCCUAUUUAGCCUUCACAGCCAAGGUUGGGGCCCAUUAUCUUGUCUUCUUCCCAUGCAGCAAAAUGAAAAUUUCUUCAAGUGCUUCUUGAACGCUAAUAUCUUUGCACACUGCUUUGGGGGUGGGAAGGGGGGGUUGUUUGCAUGUGAAUGAGGCUGUUGUUGGUCCUGCUUGGCCAUUGAAUAUUUUCCUUUUUCAGCCCUUUCUGGAGAAUGUCUUCUCGCUGACCAGACAGGUGCUGUGACUUGUGCUUAUAACUUUGAUUCUGGCAUUAGAUAUUGGCUGGGUUUUUGGACUCUUCUACUCUGUCUGCAUGUCCCAUAACAGCUCUACGAGAUGUGGGUGUCCUAUUAUGGACGUAAGCAUCAGGGAAGGACUCUCUUGUCUUCUGCCUUGAGAGGAGAGAUAAGUUUCAUUGUGGAGAAGAGUUUCUUUCAGGAUCUGAAUUUUAAUAACCCCUUUUGUCAGGCUUCCCUUUACAGGAAGGGCAUCCCCGUGAAAAGAAUAGUAAUAGUUUUGCUUCCAUAGAAUAUGACUCCCUUGAAACACAUUCCCAGACAAAUUUAAAUUUUAGAUUUUAGAAAGUUAAGGAUUACCAAAGAGCUAGGAUUGAUGCCACUUCUAAUCAAAACAAACAACUGAAAAUCUUUUGGUCAUCAGAUAAAAGCCAUGACAAUUUUAUUCAUGUAAGACUGUCCGUAAAUAAUUAUCUGCUAUACUAUUCACCAACCCCACUCCCUCCAGGGAGGCAAACUUUAACAUUUAUUUCCUUUCCCAUAAUGUGAUAUUAGGUACAAACACGCCAAUUUUUACAAGAAAUUGAUAAUAUCACCCAAGACUUCGUCAAAGUGGGAUAAACAAUACUUGAGCUAUUUUUUACUCAUCCACAAAAAUCUCUGUACCUUUGAGCAUGCCAAAAACUCUCUAAAAUUGUCACAGUUAAACAAAUGAUUGUCAUAUUUAUACUCACAUGUUUACUGCUUCUAUUUGGAGUUUGAAGAAUUUACCCAGAGCAACAGUGGUCCAAAUGUUUUCUCUAAUGUGUUAUAAAAAGCAGUUGCUUUGAGACUGUCGAAACAUUGCAAAAAAAAAAAAAAAAAAAAUCAACUUGACGUUGUGGGGUAGGCAAAACUUGUUUCUUCUGCAGU